CAAAUGUUGGUAGUCAUUUGUCAAAUAAAUGUCAAAAGCAUAAACAAAAACACGUGAUUGAAUUAUAUUUUAUUAAAUAAAUUUAGAAUAUUUAUUAUUAUUAAAAUGCCCAAUUUAAAGAAAAAUAUGGAGAAAUUAAAACAUCCCAACAGCAGAAAAACUAUGUCGCUAUCAAAGAAAAUGAAGAGAUGUGAAAAAAGGGAUCAGAGUAAAAUAGGAACGCACAUUAAACAAAACCUUAUUGGUGAAAAAAUUAUGUGGUUUAAAGAGAGAUUACCCGAAGAAUGCGCUGUUUUAAAUAAAGAACAGACAUUGCAAUUGAUAGAAACAUAUCUAAGUAGAUUUGAUGAGGAAUUAGAGCAAAUUGCAUUAAAAAAUUCUGUAGGUCAGAGAAAAAAUCGCCAACAUGCCAGCCGGGAGGAUAUAAUCAAUAUAACGAAGAAAAGGGAACACGAGGAGUUCGAAACAUGUGGUCUAGAGAUGCCAGACCUUAUGGACCAACACCAAAUGCAAGUUUUAAAGUCAUGGAAUGGAGAACUCCGGUUUUUACAACACUUUAAACUUAAAAGAAUUGCUAGAAAGCAUUUAAUAUAGUAGAAGUAGUUAAUAAAUUAUGUUUGAAAA